AACCAGCUCUCAGGAAGAAGUACACCGCCUCCCAAGUGCCCUGUGACAGCAAACUCCAUCGCAGCCCAACUCCUGAAAAAUGGCCGCUUCCCAGACGCAGACAAAGAGUUUGCCCGCUCAACAUCCCACGAGGAGAGGAUGAGGUUCCAGGUGAUGAAACAAUCAACAUGAUCGACCUGAGUUUUCUCACAGAGGGCGAACAGGAGACUAUCCUGACUGUGUUAAAAAGAGAUGCAGAGCUGAAGAAAGCCGAGGAGCAGCGUGUACAAAACUUAAAGAAGACAUUGAGAGGCAAGAGCCAUCUCAGGUAUUUGACUGGAGAAUGGUUUUACGAGACGAAACUGCACCGCCAUCAGGAUCGCAUCCAUGCCGCCGAUAUUAUCAGAGCCUCCAUGAAGCACACAAGUAAACCACUUUAUAAAUUGAGCGACAGUUUUUUCCGUGUAAAGAACAAUGAAGAGUUUCUUCAACCUCUUCUUGCUGAUGGUCAUUGGGAGCCACACAGACAAAUUGGCCAUGCAAGGUUUCAAAGCCAGAAUCCUCUUGAAAAGCGACAUAGAAAAUCAUCAUUACAACCACCCUCAAAGAAAAGGGACAACCCAUUUAACUGUGAGCUCCUCACCCCUCACACUCUUGAAGAAACCAGCUGCAAUUUUGAGGAAGAAACUGAUGAAAUCAAAACAUCACACGAUGAUCUCACCAAGAAUAGUGAACAGGGUGAUUACCUAACCUUAUCAGUGCCCACACUUUCAUCUGCACCUCAGCAAGACAAUUCUAUCGACUUAGCCUUUGAAGAGGCUCAUCAUUCUCAGGUCACAGACUGGCCAGAAGAGAAUGUUCUUCAACCAAGCACCAUCAAUUAUGUCAAGUCGAAUGGAGAAAUCAAGCCAGUGGCAAACAGUGUUUUACCAAAGCCUCGACAGUUGCUCAUUAGAAGUGCUGAGGAAAAUAAUGCAGAAAGACUGCAGGAUUUGGUGACGACGCCUCAAAUAAAUCUACCCGUUAAUACUUUUAGGCUACAAGUUGAAACAGCACAAUCUAUUAUGGAAACAUUUAUAGCUGUCAAAGAACAAGCUGAAAUUCUCAAGAUGAAAGAGACCGCGACACUACAAUUUACGGGAGAGAAGCUCAAAGACAUUAUUAGCACAGGUGAUUCAGGACAUCACCAAAACAACGUGGAGGAAAAGCCUGUUGAGGCCUCAUGGAAGAUAAAUAAUAGCACCUGCAAAAGAAUAUCAAUGGAACAGCAUGUAAAUGAAGACCGUACCAUGACAGUAUUAGAAGUUCAACACAGUCCUCAGAAUGCUCAGAUAUACACCAUCAAGAGAAGCAAAAUGGAAAUAUUGGUCGAGAAAACUGCCCCAAACCCUGUAGAAAAUGUGGUUUCCUCCUCACAGAUCGAAUCUGGCAUCACAGUAGAUUUGGUCACAGGACAAGCAUUUCCCAUUCGUCUCUGCAAAAUCCAAGCUCCAAAAGCAAAAGAAGUCAGGAGUAGUUCAACUAAAACUUGUCACCCUAGAGUCCUACAAAGAAAACUGCCCUCUCCGAAUGUAUCAAGUUUGGAAGGCUCUCCCUUGAGGACGUUUGCAAUAGACAUUGACCCACAAACUAAAGUUGAUUAUAAUGAGCAACCUAAAAAUCCAGUGCCAAGACAGAAGAAAAAUGUUUGCAGGAUACAGCAGACGUUCCAGAAGGAUCCCAAACUUACUGUGGAAAACUGUUUUUCUCCUUUACAAAUAGUAAAGCCAGUUACUGAAGAGGCUAACUCUCGGAAUGAAAGGUCUCAUCAAAGAGGUGUAAGUUACUUUAAUAAUUUAGAGCAAUUAAUAGAUUCACAAAGUCUUGCCAGGUCUGCUAUCCCUCAGGAUUAUCAAUACUACCUUGGGCCCCAUGAGAAAGCCCAUAUCCCACCUUUUCAAAGUGAUGAAGUUGCUCGAGAGUCUAAGAUAAUCACUGUGGGAUACCAAGAGGACAAAGGAGACAAUCCAAUUCACUCAGGCAUUCGGAUUAUUCAAAGUAAAGAUAAAACAUGCAACCAGCAAAUGUUAACCAGGUUCAGGUCUCUGUCUCUGGAAAGUUUAAGAGGUUCUGGUGAUGAAUGUCAUCUAAUUAACUUCUGCAAUCUGAAAAAAUCUCCAAGAUUCAUGUCAUCAACAAAGAGCCUGAGGGACCUAUAUCAAAAAAGCAGAGAAGAAAAGAGCAACAGCAACUCAAGAGAAGAAAUUAAUCAAAGUGUGAAUGAUGUUUCCUCUUUUUCACCAUCAAUCUCUUCAAUCAAACAAAAUCAAAUCAGAUCAACGUGGGUCCAAACCAGUCUGUCAUUGCCUGUCCUUCAGCAGAACGAGGCAGAUAGUGACAGCCUUUUGGAGACCUCAUUUGACAGUAGAAGAAACACAGGAAGCUCCGCAUCAAACAUUAGUUUCUCCUCAGGGAUGGAUUCCAUGCCAAAUGUCAGUGACAGCACCAGGAGUAUAUGCACUGUAGAUUUUAGUGGAGUUGAAGUCCAAGGAAGCAUACACUAUGCUGUGAACUACAUUCAAAGACUUCAAGAAUUCCACAUAUUUGUAGUGCUCUGCAAAGACCUGGCUGCGGCUGACACCAAGAGGCACUCUGCUGAUCCGUAUGUCAAAUGUUACCUUCUCCCUGACAAAAUAAAGCUGGGAAAGAGAAAAACUAAAGUUAAAAAGCACACCCUAAACCCAACCUUCAAUGAAAUCCUUAAGUUUAAAACCAAAUUGGAGCUGUUGAAAACUCAGAGGCUUUACGUUUCUGUGUGGCACAACAACACCUUUGGUAGGAACACCUUCUUAGGUGAAGUGGACCAGGAUAUGUCAGGAUGGGACUUAAGCAACACACAAAUACAUGAAUAUACAUUAAAAUCCAGGGUGUCAGGACAGACCUCAAUACCUUCCUUUUUAAGUUUGCCAGACAGCAGAGGACUGAUGAGAGUAUCAUUGAGGUUCCUACUACAAACAUCUCACAGUAAAAAAACAUCUACAAUUGAAACCGGUAAGGUGCAAAUUUGGGUGAAAGAUUGUAAGAAUCUAACUUCAAAGAGAGGACCUACAAUGGAUCCAUUUGUCAAAUGCACUGUACUUCCUGAUGUAAGUGGCAAAAGCCAACAAAAGAGCCGUGUGGUGAAGAGAACAGUCAACCCUAUGUUUAACCACACUAUGACGUAUGACGGUUUACGACCAGAUGACCUCGGGGAAGCCUGUGUGGAGAUUACAGUGUGGAAUCACGACCGGCGAAACCCUCACUGCAUUGGUGGUAUCAGACUUGGACUUGGAACAGGGAAGAGUUAUGGAAUUGAUGUGGUUUGGAUGGACUCCACGAUGGGAGAAGCUAGAUUGUGGAAGAAGAUGUUGGAGUCUGGUGGUCAAUGGGUGGAAGAUAUUUUACCACUGCGAAUGCUUGUGACCACGAAAUAAUGCUCAGAAUUAUCAUCGCGACAGAAUGUUUUGAUAACCGCAAAUAAUAUCACAAUUUUAAUGGUCCAUUACACACCAUAUGAUAAAUAUGUUAAUUGUUUUGUUUUUCAUGUCCUUGCCGAUGCUUGAUAUACGUAAGUAUGCAAAUGUAUGUUAUUGAGAAGGGGUAAGAUUAAAUCAACUCUGCUUCUUCCGACAGGAUUACUAUUAAGAAGUGUUGAAUUUUGUAAAUGUAACCAUGUGAUAUUCCUUUAUGUAACUUUUUAAGCAUGACUAAAACAAAUAAA